GAAAAUGUUUUGUAACAGCCAGUUAUUGAAAUGUAUUCCACAGAAAGAGUGAGCAUAUGAAAUAAAAGGAAUAAGAGAGAUGUUUCUAAAUGGGGACUAAAAGUGAUAAGGCGCAUGUAGUGACAGCUUGUUACUACCAGAGCUUUCAAAAAGAUCUAGAACAUACAUAGCAGAUGGUAUACGUGGCAGUGAUCCCUAUGUCGACGAUAGAUACUUGUUCCCCGGUUGGUACAGAGGAGUACUGAACAAUCAACAGUAUCUUAUGCCGGACUUGAAUUCAAAACCAAAGUAUAAGCAGUGUGGAACUGUCCAGCCAAUCUAUCUAAAAGAAUUGCACCCAGACGUAAACAGUUUGACCGAAACAUCACAAUCACUAGUUGCUUGUGAAUUCUAUCCCUUUGAUAGCUGUCUUAACGAAAUCAAUAUAGCCAUUAGAAAAUGUGGCGAAGAAAUCCAGUACUAUCUCAAGGGAACCAGCUCUAACUCAGCAUUUUGUUUUGAUCCACCAGACUUGCUAAACGUCACAGAUUUACCAACUGCUCCAACCGUUAAUCUUGGAACAUUGGCUGUUAAGCCGGACCUACGAUUCAAAGAAACCGAAGCAAGUGGUGUCAUUUCAUUGCUACCUUUCCUAGUUUUCAUAUGUGAAGAGACAGGAGGAGACAACAAGGACGGACUGACCUUGUUUUACACUACGUACUGGUAUAUUGAUGACAAACUCUUAUUUACGCUAGACAAUUCAAGUGGACUGAGCAUAUUAACAGAAGAUAGUCUCAUAUCAAAUGAUUUUAGUCUCGGCAUAAUGGUUCGAUGUGGUGCAAAACUUGCAAGAGAUUCAACUGGUCUGAAAACGAAUCUAACUAGGAGUGAAAAUUUCUUCGCAGGAAUUAAGCUUAGUGAAACAUCAGUAACUAUGUCAAGAAAUGAACAAAGAACAAUAACAUUCACACCGACGAUUCCAUACGGUUGUUAUGCAGUUCAAGGCGAUAUACCAACAGGCAAAUGCAAGACAAAAGUACACAUGACUGUUCCAGAGCCUGAUACAUGUGAGCUUUCUGACACUAAUUCAGGCAGCCAAAAUAUUUUGAACUACCACACCAGUCAACAGGCAAUUUGUGGCUUUGAAAUUGAGGGCUGUUAUCCAGGCGAUUGCAGUACACCAAUGAGAACAGCUUCUAUGAAUAUCACUACGAGAUUCCUUAGUAACGAUGACCCAGACUCGUAUAGACUUCGAAUGGUGACUCAAAACGCAAUGACACACAAAAUUUGGAAAGGCUAUAGUCUCGAUGAAGUCGUGGUAAACAUCAAGGACGACAUCAGUUUUGAAAAUAAAGUGUGUUUCUCUCAUGUGGAUCCUCAUAUGCAAACAGCGGAUGGAAAGCCAUAUGAAAACAACGAUUUCCCUGGAGAAUUCAUCUUAUAUAUGAAUACAGAAUACAGUAUCAUGGUUCAGGAAAAAACAAUAUCGUGUUUCUCUGACGAUGAUGGCAGACCCUUCUGUACGUGUGCAGUAGCUGUACGAGCUGGCGGCGAUAUUUUCCUAAUAAAUUUGUGUAAUGAUUUAAAAUUCAUAGGAAUGACAUCAUGUAAAGAUAAUGGUGCAUUGGUUAUCCGGCAGCAGGACGAGUUUAAUUACCAGGUUGAGACAAAUAUAGGCACUUUAAUAAAAAUACGUAUCAGACCAUAUUCGAGGUACGAAGAAUUAAUGAACAUUGAUAUAGUCAUGGCACCGAAGGACUAUACUUCAAUAAGAGGACUAUGUGGAACGUUUGACAAUAACAGGAAUAAUGAUUUUCAUGACAGAAAUGGAAAUGCAUUACCCGAUCGUUUGGAUUUCUUAAAUGCAUGGAAAAUUGGAGCAGACGACACGAACUACCUAAAGCCCACGUGUAGAUCUAAUGUAACGACUUGGGAAGAAGAUGGUCAGCAACUGUUUUGUUCUUGCAAUUGUUAUGGUGAUGAAAAGGCAUCCUGCCAAGCACCAGAAACAGAAGCUAUCUGUUCACCGUCCCAGUACAUCAACUGCACUGUUAAACUACAGAAAACGGAAGACCUGUGUACAUAUUUCUCGCACAAGUGCCAAAGCCAGAAUCGGAAGAGGCGUUCAGGGUUUAUAGCUGACCCUGAAAAGGAAAUGAAACGAAAGUUAGCAUUAGCAGAAAAAAGAAAUCUAUCGAGACGGAAGCGACAGUUGAAUGAACAGAGCAGUCUCUCUAAAGAAGAAGUGAAGGAACUAUGUACAAGUGUUGUCACAAAAUCAACUGCUGUUGAAAACUUUUCUAAUCUACUUGGGGGAUACAAUUAUUCAUUAACAAUCGAACACUGCAUAUUUGACGUUUAUGAGAGUAAAGAUACUGGCUGGGUAGAAGCCCAAGACGUUGCUCUGAAAGAUGCUGUACAAAUGGGAUUCAAACGAAACGCCAACUUUACUGAAAUGCACAAAGAUGUGUUGGUCGAUUUUAAGAAACAAUUCUGUCCUUUGAAUUGCAGCGGAAACGGAAACUGCACAGAGGAAGGUGUAUGCAUUUGUGCCAGAGGCUUUUUUGGCCCGGACUGUAGACAUGACGUAACUAAUCCACCUACGAUAGAGGAUGUAGAAGGUGGGGGUGUUUGCGAUAUACGUUAUGGGAGUGAAUGCAGAUGUUUUGAAGUGCAAACAGAUACAUUGGCAGAGUCUUUUCACUGUCGCAGAGUAUCAAGGAGUGUGGAUAUCAAUGGCACUUCAGAGACAUUAGAUGUUGCGAAAGUGAGUGGCAAAUACAUAAAUAUCUUUACAGGCGAAUGUUGUUUUGAAUCUCACAGAGACAGACGAUCAGUGUCUACAUUCAUCAAAGUCAUGCACUAUGAAUUUGACGUGUCCCUUAGUAACGACGGAGUAAACUAUGGUUCUGGUGUAACGUUAUAUGUAUAUGAUUCACUAUGUCAAGAGUUUUUCACAGAUAUUAACGGAAUGGCAACAGUUCGAUUGAAGGACGAGACGUGUUUGAUUGACAAUUAUUGUGUAGAAGGCAACGGCACUAAAGUAAACGACGAAUGCUACAGAUGUCUGACCACAUCUAACAGAUUCAAUUGGACAUUCGAUUGCAACAAACUGGAUGAAGAAGAUGGAGAUAAAACGAUGUUAUACAUAAUUAUUGCAGCAGUUGGCGGAGCUACACUUAUAGUUAUAUCUAUCAUUUUGAUUUGUAUAUUCAAAAGGAGACGAAAUGAUUCUAAAAGGGAAUAUAUUGACAACAGGGAUACAAAUAUGGUAUACAUAAAUGAACACAGGCCACGUAUAGAACCAAACGAUAAUGCUUAUGACAAGUUAGACGACGAACGUCUGGAUAGGAGACCAAACGACACGGGUAAUGUGUAUACUGGAUUAGGGAAGAGUGAUCAGAAAGAUACGUUAAAUUACGAGACACUGACCAAUACAAAUACUCAUCCACAGGACAGGAAGUAUGAAGAACUCAAGCAUAUUCAAGAGAGAACAGUUUAAUAUGAAACACUUCACCAGAGUCAAACAAAGCCAAAUGAGUUGACGCACAAACACGAGGUGUAAUGAAAAUCAAAUUGUAAAAUAUUCAAAACAAAUAACGUUUGCACAACUUAUAACAAAUAUGUAAUGGCAAACGCCGUUUAUAUUAUAUAUAUUACGUGUAUAUUAAUGUUGCCCCUCAAGUUUAUUUAAGCAUACAAUAUACUUUUUGUAAUCAAGGAUCUUUUGAGUUAGCCAGUAUAUUUUUCAUGUAAGGUGCAUUUUGAAAAGCCGUUGUUAGAAUACUGUCAUUCCAUUUAUUGUUUUUAUACUCAAGUUGCCAGUCGGCAGUGGCAUUCACAGUAUUUUGCUAAAAUGAUCAUUGAAAAACUUGAUAUGAAUAACGCUGUUUUAAACGUAAUAAAUUUAUAAACCUGAUAUGAAAAACGGUUUGUUACUUUGGUAUGCUUUCUUAUUAUCAGUUUUCCAUAAAAAAUGUCUUAGCAGCCAAAUCUAUAUAUUUUUCGAUUUUAUAUAUUUUUCAUGUUUCAUGGUAUUUCUGCUUUUCCAGUAUUCAAGUGCUUAUAUAUACAUUAUUGGAUAAAAAUAUAGCCCAAUGUCAAAUACGUUCUGAAGUCUCAAAUUAACUGUUCAAAGCACAAAACAUUACUUAAGAUGUUGUUAUAUUUUCCGGUACUUUGGGACCAUGGAGUGCAUGCAACAUAUGUGUAGAUGAAUUCCGCUUAAACCGUUGGUAGGGGGCGUGAGAAAUGUUGCACUUUUCAUUUCCUCUCAUGAACAGACUCAAUACCACCGAGUCUGCUUUGUUUUCUAAGUUGCAUUCUUUGCUUCCAAAAGAUUUAAUUUAAUGAUAAUAUAAUGAUAUUUCAUCCUGGGUACAGACAAUUAGAAUAUAUGAUGUUUAUAUCAAAGUUUAAUGGAAUUUUAAUAACGGUGCGAAAUAUGCUACAGCAAAUACUUUCUAUUAUUCUUCUGUCACAAUUUCAGAUACGAUAAAUUCACAGCUCAACAUAAAUUAUUUUGCACGUUUCAUUCUAUGCUUCCAAAUAAUCUUCUUGUAGAUUUCAUAAGAAAAAAAAACGUUUUUAACAAAUGUAACCAAAAAAGACUUUUUGUCAAAACUCAUUGAAUACCGGCCUCUAAGUCUCAAUAAAUACAUCGGAAUGAACCAAAAUCUAUUUACACCAAUAUUGGCGUAAAAAUAUAAAGCAAACAAAUCAAUAAGAAGAAAACGUAAAUUCCAACCAACCAAGAAAAAAGUAUAUUCGUUUGUGCACAGCAUGAUCAGCCUGCACUCAUGAGGACAGACACAGGGUGAUCAUAAUAAAUCACCUUGAGCACUUAGUGCUCAGGUGAGCUUAAAAAUACAGUGUACAUGUUGAGGGAGCUGAUUCCAAAUCAACACCUUCAGAAUCGUAGCACCGGUACCCCGUCAUCUUUCUCUAUAAUACUUAGCACUACAUGCUCUCAAAGGACGUAUAAGAAGAUCUUUUGUAAGUAUAUGUCGCGUCGCAAAGACGAAUAUUUAAUUCCAUUAUAU